UUCAAUUAGACUAACUUGCACAAUAUUACCAGUUGCGUCCUUCCCUUGCUUCGUUGUAACACAAGUCUUGAAUAAAAACGCUUCAUUCGCCAAAUUAAUCUAUUAAUAGCCAUGAAAGCUCUGAGAAUGUUUUCAUUCAUUUUAAUCAUUUUAAUUGUCCCGCGCGAUUUAUACGCUGCAACUUUAAGCCAAUAUACGGCCAAUCCAGCUCCUAGCUACCAAUAUACGAAUGGUUAUGGAAAUUAUCAAAUAGUUUGCCAGCCUAAUCAAUUUCGCUGUUCCAGUGGUUUAUGUAUCCACGAGAGCUCAAGAUGUAAUGGUAAAACUGAGUGUCCCUCAGGGGACGAUGAGCAACUUUGUCCGGCAUCAUCAUCGACUACUACUACUUCAGCACCAGUCAAGAAUCCUGAUUCUCCUGCUGAUUGUGCUCCAAACAUGUCCUAUCAGUGUCAACAAAGCAAACGCUGCAUUCCUUGGUCACAGUUAUGUGAUGGUAAGAUCCAAUGUUUGCUCGGGGACGAUGAAAAUCAAACAAACUGUAAGCUUGUUCCUGGCUUUGAUCAAAAGCAACAAGGAACAAUCAAACCGAAUGCAAUCGAAUCCAAUGUAAAGCCAAUCAACAAUGAAACCAAUGUAACUGAACCUCCAAUUUACCAACCGACCACAUACGACUAUUCAAACCAAGGUAAUUCUAGUAAUGGCGGUCCAGGUGCGACAGUGGUUAAGGUUAACAAAGUUGUCCAAAGUGCUGAUCGAACCACCAACGAAUUCCACCCAAAAAAAGAUGAUUCUGGUUUUCUUUUCGUAAAUUUUGGCCCGAUUAUCAAUGGAGAUAAUAAUGUCAAUGGUAAUGGUAAUGAUCUUGGUAAUGGAAACGAAAACGGUAACGGCAAUGGCAACGGGAAUGGUAAUGGCAACGGGAAUGAAAAUGGAAGUGGAAAUAACAAUCAUUAUCAAAAGUUCAUACCGUCCGGAGAAGAUUAUAAAAAUUACUAUACAGAAGGAAAAGCUUACUACCCUUGAUGAUUCGGUUCAAAAUAAAACUAUUAUCAUUAUAUUAUAAAAAAAA